UAAACAGUAGAGCUGAGAUUCGCCAGAUAUGUUUUUAAUGACAUUUUACUGUUCCCUAGACUGCAUGGGCAUGCUUAGCACAAUUGAAAUGUGAUGCUUCCUUCCCUCUAGGAGACAGCAAGACUCUAAGAAGUAGCCCUGGUGCAUCUACUGCUUCUUUGGACAGUUCCUCUUGAAAUCCUCUCUGGCCACCCCACCCAUGUACAAACUCAAUCAUGGGCUGUUAAUGUACUCUUUCAUGCCAUCUUAUCCCAGUUCUGGCAUUUAUCACUCUAUUUCACUCUUUGAGUAGGGGUUCCAUUGCUGUAUCUCCAGCACAUUGAUGCAUUAUCUAUCAAUGCAGGAAAGUAAAGUGUACUAUCUAAAUGAAAUUAAACUGCUUUCAUUUUCUGAUGUUGUUCUUCUGUACAACUAGAACACAAAUAUCUGAUGGUAAUGUGGGAAAAUGAUCACUUAAUAUUUUUUACUUUUUCUUUAUUUUUCAUUAAUGAUUUAAUGAUUGACAAGAUAGUGGAUUACAAGGGGUACAGUUCCAUACAAUUCCCACCACCAAAGUUCCAUAUACUGUUAUUUUUUUUACUUUUUUUUGCAGAAUGAAGAGGUGUAAUUCAUCUGUUGUGGAUAAAAUUGCCCAAUCUUCAUCAGCUGUGAAACAGCCCAAACUGGGAUUCUACUCUUCUCUCAGCGAAACUCACCUGUACACUGUCCUAGACUGGGGGAGUUUGCCUUACCAUGUACUAUUAAGCAUUUUUCAGUACCUUUCUUUAAUAGAUAGAGCUCGGGCAUCUUCUGUAUGUAGGAGGUGGAAUCAAGUUUUUCAUAUUCCUGACCUCUGGAGAAAGUUUGAAUUUAAACUGAACCAGUCAGCUACUUCGUAUUUUAAAUCAACUCAUCCUGACCUCAUUCAGCAGAUCAUUAAAAAGCAUGCCGCCCAUCUCCAAUACGUCAGCUUUAAGGUUGAUAGCAGUGCCAAAUCAGCAGAAACUGCCUGUGAUAUACUUUCUCAGCUAGUAAACUGUUCUAUCCAGAAACUGGGCUUAAUUUCAACAGCAAAAUCAAGUUUUAUGACAGUGUCAAAGUCUAAUUUUGUGUCAGCGCUUACAGUAGUUUUUGUUAACUCAAAGUCAUUAUCAUCGAUAAGAAUUGAAGAUACACCAGUGGAUGAUCCUUCACUGAAGAUUCUUGUGGCCUAUAACAGUGAUACUCUGAGACUACUAAAAAUGAGUAGUUGUCCUUAUGUUUCAUCUGAUGGAAUUCUUUGUGUAGCUGAUCAUUGUCAAGGCCUUAGAGAACUGACAUUGAAUUAUUAUAUUCUAAGUGAUGAACUUCUCCUAGCACUUUCAAGUAAGACUCACGUUAACCUUGAGCAUCUUCAAAUUGAUGUUGUGAGUAAAAAUCCUGGACAGACUGAAUUUCAUUCUAUUAAAAAGCAAAGUUGGAGUGCACUUAUUAAACACUCUCCAAGAGUUAAUGUUGUUAUGAACUUCUUUUUAUAUGAAGAAGAAUUUGAAACAUUCUUCAGAGAAGAAACCCCUGUUACUCACCUUUAUUUUGGUUGUUCAGUAAGCAAAGCAGUUCUAGGAAGAAUAGGACUUAACUGUUCACGAUUAAUUGAGUUAGUGGUAUCUGCUAAUAGUAUUCAGCCUCUUGAUAAUGAACUUAUUUGUAUUGGUAAACAUUGUAAAAACUUAACAGCUUUGGGUCUCAGUGAAUGUGAAGUUAGCUGCAGUGCCUUCAUUGAGUUUGUAAAACUAUGUGGGAGAAGGCUAACCCAGCUCUCUAUAAUGGAGGACGUUUUGAUCCCUGAUCAUAAGUAUAGCCCAGAUGAAGUCCACAUUGAAGUCUCCAAAUACUUGGGAAGACUAUGGUUUCCUGAUGUCAUGCCCAUCUGGUAACUGGGGUUAUAAUACCAAAUAUUCUUAUUUUUAAAUCUAUAACAUUAGUUUCUUUAUCUUUGUUCACAUGUAAAUCUUAAGAUUCAUUGCUGAAAUAUCUUAAGUAAAACGUCUUAUUUGCAGAGUCUUAGUGAAGUGAGAGAAAAACAUUUGAAAAACUGUGAGAAGUAUGACAAUUUAGAUAUUUUCUUAAAUCUAAAUAGUGUACAGAUAAUGUGUUGUGAAUUAGCACUGGAUACACUAAAUGCUAUAGAAGGCUUCUAGAUACAUUCUUUAGCCUUGCUUGUAGGCAUACUUAAGCUUGCUAAAUCAAUUUAUAAUAUUGAAUUUUUGAUCCCUUACUAAUGUUUACAGCUUUAUAUUGUUUCAACUUCAUCUGUUACAGCUUGGUAUUGAUAUAUUUUACAAAAUAAGUAGUAUUGAAUAAUAAUGAAAGAAAAGACAAACUAUUAGGAGAUUGACUUAAUUGUACUUAAUAUCAUAUAAGAUCAUAUUAUGAUUCAAUAAACAGCUAAUUUUCCAUGCA